AGGCGCGCCCUUGGCUCGUCCAAUCAGAGCGGCGGAUCCGGGCGCCCCUUCGUCACCUUGGCAACGGGACGCACAGCCUCUCGCCCGAGCAGUGGCGGCUUGGAUCUGGCCCUGGGGAACUGCGUCAUGUCGCGACCGAAGAAUCAAAAUUACAAGGGCCAUGGAUUGUCAAAAGGAAAAGAGCGAGAACAGAGAGCGCUAAUCCGGUUCAAGACUACUCUUAUGAACACUCUGAUGGACGUCCUGCGCCACAGGCCCGGAUGGGUGGAAGUGAAAGAUGAAGGGGAGUGGGACUUCUACUGGUGUGACGUCAGCUGGCUGCGGGAGAACUUUGACCACACCUACAUGGACGAGCACGUGAGGAUCUGUCACUUUCGGAAUCACUAUGAGCUGACCCGCAAGAACUAUAUGGUCAAGAACCUGAAGCGAUUUCGGAAACAACUGGAGCGGGACGCGGGAAAGCUGGAGGCUGCCAAGUGCGACUUCUUCCCCAAGACCUUCGAGAUGCCCUGCGAGUACCACCUGUUUGUGGAGGAGUUUCGCAAAAACCCAGGGAUCACCUGGAUCAUGAAGCCGGUAGCCCGGUCCCAGGGCAAGGGCAUCUUCCUUUUCCGGAGACUGAAGGACAUCGUGGACUGGAGGAAGGGCACAGCCUGCAAGAAGUUCCAGGGCCUUGAGGCCCAGCCCUCCCGCUGCACCAUCAAUUCGUCCGGAAGCCAUGACCCCAAAAGUUCUGAUGACCAGAAAGAUGAGAUUCCUGUGGAGAACUACGUGGCUCAGCGUUACAUCGAAAAUCCCUACCUGAUCGGAGGACGAAAGUUCGACCUACGUGUCUACGUGCUGGUGAUGUCGUACAUCCCGCUGCGCGCCUGGCUCUACCGCGACGGCUUCGCCCGGUUCUCCAACACCCGCUUCACGCUGAACAGCAUCGACGACCAGUAUGUUCACCUCACCAAUGUCGCUGUGCAAAAGACGUCUCCCGACUACCACCCAAAGAAGGGCUGCAAGUGGAUGCUCCAGCGCUUCCGGCAGUACCUGGCGUCCAAGCACGGGCCGCAGGCGGUGGAGGUGCUCUUCCGCGACAUGGACAACGUCUUCGUCAAGAGCCUGCAGAGUGUGCAGAAGGUCAUCAUCAGUGACAAGCAUUGCUUCGAGCUGUAUGGCUACGACAUCCUCAUCGACCAGGACCUCAAGCCGUGGCUCCUGGAGGUCAAUGCCUCCCCAUCACUUACGGCCAGCAGCCAGGAGGACUACGAGCUCAAGACCCGACUCCUGCAGGACACGCUGCACGUGGUGGACAUGGAGGCGAGGCUCACAGGAAAGGAGAAGCGAGUCGGGGGCUUUGACCUCAUGUGGAAUGACGGCCCUGUCAGCAGAGAGGAGGGGGCUACUGACCUGUCGGGGAUAGGAAACUCCGUGACCAACACACACCUCGGCUGUGUCAACGAUCGGAAAAAACAGCUGAGGCAGCUGUUCCGCUCCCUUCAAGCCCAGAAGAAAGCAUCCAGCUGACCCCAACUGCCACGAGCCAAGAGGCCCUGCAAGGUGCCACCCUGGCCUCUCCAGCCCCCCGAUUCCAGCACAGCGGCACCACACAGCAUCCUCCCUCCCUCGGGCUUGGCAGCAGCUUCGCUGGCUAAGCAGCCUCUGCUUGCUGCUUGGCCUGGCUCCUUGGAUCCCCCACCCCUGGGCUUCUUUGCAUCAGGAGACAACCAAUCCCUGGGACCUGAGGGGCUUUAACCUUGACAGACUGGCUUGGUGACUGGACCCAAAGAUGACAAGUGCAGCAAGUUCUGCUACCCCAGAGAGAUCACAUCUAAUAAAUGAGCACAGACCUUACAUGGAGGAAAGUCACUGGGCACUGGGUCUGGCUCAGGGGAGGCUGUUGGCUGC